AAGUUAGCACCUUUUCUAAAGAGAAGGACCAAGUUCUCUUCACAUACACGUGUGGGUCCCGCCAUCUCCCUUCAACAUGACAACUGACCCCUUCCUUUCUGAGUCAGCUUGGGUCUCUGGUUUGUUUCGUUACUUUUUUUUGGCCUUAUUCGUUCUUGGCUGUUUGUAUUGUAUUAAUUUGGUUUCUUGGGUUUGGGUUGUGCUGGCUGUGGAGGAUUUGGUAUUGCUGGCAGUGAAAGAUUGGGUUUUUGGCGGUGGCCGGUGGGUCGUUUUGCAUUAAAAAAAGUUCGGUUUAGCAAUAAAGUUUUGAUUUGUGAGACGGUGAAUAAGCUGAAAUUUGGUUUAGCCACGGGAGGCACGAGGUGUGUUCUUUUAGGCACCUUUCUGAUUUUUGUUUCUUUUCUUGCUUACUCUUCCAUUUUGAUUAGCUGAAAGCUUCUUUUACUUCUAAUUUUGGUUCGUUUUCCUUCUACGGAGGAAGAAACUUUCGGUUUUCAAUUUCUUCUUCUACUAAAAUGGAAGAAGGGUUGUAAAACCCAGAAGAAAAAAAAAAGUAGUCAGGAAGCUUAUAGACAAUUUUGAUUUGAAAUAGAAUUUAGCAGAUGGGUUGGUUAGAUCUUUAGAAUUUAGCAGAUGGUUAUGUCAGUUUUACUCCGAAAAUCCAGGUGGGUGUUUCCAAAUCUUAGAAUACGGAAGUGAGUUUCAAUUUUUAAGUUGGUAUCGCACUGAUACGAUUCAACUAGUUUUCUUUAGUUUUUCGGUUUGCAAGUGAAAUUUGGUUCUUCAGGAGUUUGAAAAAUAAAAACUUUCAUCCAAGCAAAAUGCUGUGAACAAGUUAAUCACUUGGGUGGAUGCAAUGUUAAGAGAAUUAGCUCUUGGAUUGUUAGUUUUCUAUUUCAUUAGAUUUGUUUCAGCCAUUGAUAAUGACUUUGCACAUUGUAAUUGCGACGAGGAGGGUUUUUGGAGCAUUCCAAACAUUUUAGAGUACCAAAGAGUGAGUGAUUUCUUGAUUGCAAUAGCAUAUUUUUCAAUCCCUAUAGAACUUCUUUACUUUGUCAGCUGCUCAAACGUUCCAUUCAAAUGGGUCCUCCUUCAGUUUAUUGCGUUUAUAGUCCUUUGUGGAUUGACCCAUUUGCUAAAUGCAUGGACGUACAACGGCCGCCAGUCAUUCCAGUUGAUGCUGUCCCUCACCAUUGCCAAAUUCCUCACAGCCUUGGUCUCAUGUGCAACUGCAAUAACCCUUUUAACUCUGUUUCCUCUUAUUCUCAAAGUGAAAGUGAGAGAACUGUUCUUGAGGCAAAAUGUGUUGGAAUUAGACCAAGAGGUUGGGAUGAUGAAGAUACAGAAGGAAGCGAGUUGGCAUGUCCGAAUGCUGACCCGUGAAAUUAGAAAGUCACUGGAUAAGCAUACCAUAUUGUAUACAACUCUGGUUGAGCUUUCAAAGACAUUAGACUUGCAUAAUUGUGCUGUUUGGAUGCCGAAUGAGGAUAGAGCAGAGAUGAACCUGACCCAUGAGUUGAAAUCAAGUUCUUCGCGAAAUUAUCUCCGUUCUAUCCCAAUUAAUGACCCAGAUGUGUUGGAGAUAAGAGAGAGCGAGAGGGUAACAAUCCUAAGUCCUGAAUCAGCACUUGGAUCUGCAAGUAGUGGUGAGUCUGGUGAAUCAGGUGCUGUGGCAGCAAUCCGAAUGCCAAUGCUUCGGGUUUCAAAUUUCAAAGGGGGUACACCGCAGUUGGUUGACACUCAUUAUGCGAUAUUGGUUUUGGUUCUUCCAGUAAUGGAUUCUAGAGGCUGGAGCCAUCAUGAGAUGGAGAUAGUUGAAGUUGUGGCUGACCAGGUUGCUGUGGCUCUAUCCCAUGCUGCAGUACUUGAAGAGUCUCAACUAAUGAGAGAGAAACUGGGUGAACAAAAUCGUGCGUUGCAACAGGCGAAGAAGAAUGCAAUGAUGGCGAGCCAAGCAAGGCACUCAUUUCAGAAGGUAAUGAGUCAUGGAAUGCGAAGGCCAAUGCAUACGAUUUUGGGCUUGCUUUCUAUGUUUCAAGAGAAUUUAAGUUUCAAACAGAGCUUAAUUGUGGACACAAUGGCGAAAACUAGUUAUGUUCUCUGCACUUUGAUCAAUGAUGUGAUGGAGAUGUCAGCAAAAGAUAAUGGAAGGUUCCCGUUGGAGAUGAGGCCAUUUCAACUACAUUCUAUGAUCAAGGAAGCUUCUUGUCUUGCCGAGUGCCUGUGUAUGUAUAAAGGCUUUGGUUUUGAAGUUGAUGUUCAAAGCUCAUUGCCUAAUCAGGUGAUUGGGGAUGAAAGAAGGGCUUUCCAAGUAAUAUUGCAUAUGGUUGGGUAUCUAUUGAGCACCUAUAAUGGCGUGGGGACUGUCAUCUUCCGGGCUAUUUCAGAGAGUGGUUAUGAGGGUCAGGAUGAUAGAUUGCAAGGAAUCUGGAGAUCAAAUGUACCAGAUGAGUACGUAUCUAUAAAGUUUGAAUUUGAGAUUAGUGAGGGAAGUUCUCGUCCUGGUGGAUUAGUCUCAUUGAUGCACUAUGCUGGUGGGAGGCACAACAAUGAUGAAAUUAAGAAGGGCCUGAGCUUCAGCAUUUGUAAAAAGAUUGUCCAGAUGAUGCAAGGCAAUAUCUGGAUAUCCAUGAACCCAGUGGAUUUUGCAGAAAGCAUGACACUUGUUCUCAGGUUUCAAAUCCUCCCAUCUAUUGGGAGAAGUAUGCAUCUCCCUGGAAAUAACUUGGAGCAGCCAAAUUCCAACUCACAGUUCAGAGGCCUUGGGGUUAUAGUAGCCGAUGAUGAUAACGUAAACAGGACUGUGACCAAUAAGCUGCUUGAGAAACUCGGCUGUCAAGUAACUGCUGUUUCUUCCGGGUUCGAAUGCCUGAGUGCCCUCAGUGAUGCUGAAAAUUCAUUUAAAAUUGUUGUUUUGGAUCUUCACAUGCCUGAAAUGGAUGGGUUUGAAGUGGCAAUGAGAAUCAGGAAAUUCCACAGCCCUAAUUGGCCAUUGAUCAUAGCCCUGACAGCAAGUGCGGAGGAACAUGUGUGGGAGAGAUGUCUACAGAUGGGAAUGAAUGGAUUGAUUCGAAAACCUGUUCUAUUGCAAGGGAUGGCAGAUGAACUUCGCAGAGUACUGCAAUGAGCAGUUUUUCUUCCACAUCUUUUUUAGGCUCUCUAAUGAGCACAAGUUAUAGAGAAUCCAACUUUAAACUUAUUUUUCACUUAAUUAGAAAAUAUAGUAGUUAGAUAUUGCUAACCAUAUGUCCUUCAUAUCACAAUUAAACGUCACAGACUCUGUUCUGUUGUAUGAUUGCUCUACUGAGCUAUAUACUCCAUUGGUUAGUAUAAUUGCUCCACUGAGCUAUUUACUCCAUUGAUUAUUCA